AUGCCCAGAAGGAACCACGAGCUGGAUGGCAACUUUUUCAGAGGGAGAGGACACAGCUAUCUUGCAGCGGAAGAAGCGCUGGGUAUUGGACUCUUCAUUUUGGUGCUGGCAAUUUUACUUAUCUUUGGCUGCUGGUAUUACAAAAGACGUAGUGGCUAUAAAAGUCUGCGGAGCAAGAGCCCUGGUGUGGGCACAAUACAUACCGUGGUAGGAGAGAGAUCAAUGCCGGACAGCAAAAUGACUCUGCAGGAGUACAGAAACUUUAAUUCUGUGGUACCUGAUGCUCCACCAGCUUACGACAAAAUCGCUGCAGACCAGUCACCACCACCUUAUUCACCAUGA